AUGACUGGUCACUCCAUCAACAGCUGUCCCAAUGCUAACUACCACGGCUGCCUAAUGGCCUACGUAGGCCUCAUUGGUGAGUACACACACACUCUCUCGCAACUCAAUCUCCAAAGAAAACGCCAUACCUUCCCAUAACUGCAGACACAGAGAUAUAACAUGGCUUGCCAUUUUAAUUAUGGCGUGUGGGGCGGUCUGCAGAUUAUGGAGUGUGCGGCAUAUUUUCUGUAUGUUAGUAAAACUGCGCAAAAGUGAAACCGAAACCAACCUUGAUUUUUGUUAAAUUUAGGCAUUAGAUUUAUUCUUAGGCAUUAAUUCCGAGUGGUUAGGGUUAAGGUUUGGGAUAGGUUUAGAACAGAUUUUUUUUUUUUUCUAAACGAUUGCCUAGCACUGGGAUUGAAAACGCGAUGUUCGGUUGAAGACCAUUCUCAACCCUAUCCCCAAAGACCUGGCUCGUCGCAAGUCUACUAGAUGGUAUUAGGGGCUCGCGUUGCCCCUAGUGGAUGGUAGGAAAUUUAUAUGGAAAUUAAAUGUCACCCCUUGCCAUAAUUUCACCAUUUCAAAUAUACCUAAACAUGCCGUAAUCCACUAGAGUUUGGCCUGCUCUCUCCAUUUAACAGCAAUUUGCUGGAGGGUUUUCUAUCCCAGCAGAAGUGUUCUUCAAACGUACUCUUGGUUCUGAAUAUUGUCUACUCCCUCCCACCCUCCCUCCCUCCCUCUCUCCAGGGUCUGAUGUGACUCCUAACUACAUGGACAGCAGUCCCAGUAACAGCACCAUCUCUCCCUGGUGCUCCUGCAGAGGGACUGGCAACCAGGAACAGGAGUGUGACGCCUUCCUCAGAGACUUCACACACAACACCUGCCUCAGUGAGUGGAGUGCAAGUGUGUGUGGUGUGUGUGUCCCUAGGUGUUUUUUUUAAUAACCGUGACCUAGCUGCAUUACCUGCACUCCAUCUUGCCUCUCUCUUCUCUCUUCUUCUCUCUCUCUCUCCUGCCUGUUUCUGUAGAGAAUUCCAUCCAGGCGUUUGCCUAUGGAUCAGAGGGGAGUGUUCUUCCCGUCACAGAGUCUUUGGCCACGCCCUUUCCUCCCAUACAGCCGCCACUCAACUCUAAUCCCGCCCCCUCUCCCCAAGCCAAUGACAUCAAGCCUCUGGAUAGCGCUUGUGUUUUCUCAACCUGUGCCAACCUUAAGGUGUGUGUGUGCCUGUGUGUGCAUGUCAAUGGUUAUCAAUAG